GAAGGGAUGAGAGACGGUGGCCGAGAGGCUCACAUCAAAAUGGCCGCAUUUUAGUCUACAGACGAUUUUCUUUACUGUUUGCCAAUAGCCGCAUAAAGGGCCUGGCAGUGUUCCCUUAAGUGGCAGAUCUGUUUCGCAGGAAAUUUCGCUGUUGAAUAAUCUGAAAAUUUUCGUGAAAUAGAACAAACUUCGGUUUUGCAUCACUAUUUUUACAUGAUGUUACGCCAUCAACAUCACGCAAUGCAAAACCAACUUCGAGAUCAUAAUAGAAUGGGUGGUCCGAUGCGUCCUAUGCAACAGGCAAAUAUGGCCCCUUUACAUCAGCCUCAGCAUCCGUUAUCGCAUCGGAAUCCACAUCAACAAAUACUGUCCAUGCCCCCCCAUCAACAACAUAUUCAUCAUAUGCAACACCCUGGUCCACCACAUGGAAAUCCAAGACAACCAAUGUUGAUGGGCAUGAAUGCACAUAAUACGAAUGGUAUUUUAAAUGGCACCAUGGUUAGCGUCAGUCUAAAGGAUCAGACAAAUACUGUUUCUGUGACUCUACAAAAUCCUAAUGUACCACCACCACAAUAUUCACAACAACAAAAUAAUCAACGAAAUCCUCCGCCUCCACAACAUAUUCAACAACCACAAAGCAUAGAAUCAAAUAAACCUGCUACAAAUGAAACAAAGAAUGGAGAGUCCAGAGAUCAGAGUCCACCUACUCAAAAUCAUAUUAAUGUGACUGAUUCAGCUUUGGCAAACAUGAAAGAAAAAACACCAAUGUGCUUAUUGAAUGAAUUAGCACGUUUUAAUAAAAUUCAGCAUCAAUACAGAUUGACUAACGAACAAGGACCAGCGCACAAAAAACGAUUUACAGUAACACUAAAAUUAGGAGAGGAAGAAUAUGUUGCUGAGGGUCCUAGCAUAAAAAAAGCUCAGCAUAGCGCUGCUACUGAAGCAUUAACAAAAACUUGGUAUCAACGGCCUCCGCCGAAACCUACAAAGACGAUGAGAGCUGGACAUCCAGGAAAAUGUUUUAGUGGUCCUGGAAAUUUACCUCCAACUGUUGAAUUAAAUGCUUUGGCUAUGAAGAGAGGAGAAGCUACAGUCUAUACUUUUAGACAAGCCCCACCAGCAGGAUUACAACAAUAUGUUACAAAUAGUUUAGGACAUUUUCCUCGAAUAUUUAAUCCACGUUUUCCUACUUAUAAUCGUGGUUUUCAUGCAGAACCUCAAUUAUAUCUUGUAUCCUUAAAGGUAGGAGAACGUGAAUUUAUUGGUAGAGGUCUGACAGGUCAAGCAGCGCGACAUGAUGCGGCGAGUAAAGCUUUAGAACAAUUACGCCAAUUACCAUUACCGGAAGAAGUAGUAAAUUGUAACACUGGUGAAAACGGUACAUUAGGUGAAGCUAAAGAUCCAAUUGCUGAAUUGAAAAGUCCUGUAUCUUUAGUUCAUGAGAAAGCAUUAAAACGUGGUUUACCUGUUAGUUUUGAAGUUGUAUCAGAAAUUGGUAAACCUCAUAUUCGAACAUUCAGAACAAAAUGCACUGUUGGAGAUAAAGUUACAUUAGGAGAAGGACCUUCAAAAAAAGUAUCAAAGAAACAUGCAGCUGAAUUCAUGUUAGAAGAACUCAAUCGUCUACCUCCGUUGCCAGAAACUAUACAAAAUCGUCUUGUUCGAGUAAAACGUAAACCACCGGCAACAAAAAAGAAGUCGCGAAAUCUUAUAAAAGUUUAUCAAGAACCACGCUCUGAAUCUGAUGCUGCAGAAGAAGUUAAUCCUGUUUCGCGAUUGGAUCAAAUACAACAAGCUAAACGAGAAAAGGAACCCGUCUAUAAUUUAAUUGAAGAAAAAGGAGCACCAAGGCGAAAAGAAUUCGUUAUGGAAGUUACUAUGGGACAGCAUUCUGCUCAAGGAAUUGGUCCAAAUAAAAAAUUAGCUAAAAGAGCUGCGGCAGAGGCUCUUUUAGCACAAUUAGGUUACAGUAAGCCUCAACCACAACCUACUAAGCCAUCAAUUAAAACAGGAGAAAGUGAAAAUACUGAACAAAAACCUAGGAAAGUCACAUUUUUAGAAGAUGAACAAAUUAAUGAAACUCAAUCUCAUCCACCAGUAGGAGGAACUAUUGGACGUCAGUUAGUACCUGGACUUUUAUUAGUGGAUGGAGGUCAGGAAUCUAAAUUAGGCAGCGGACCUAGUGUACAAAUUGUUGCCGAAGAAUUACGAGGACAACAGCAACAAAAUCCACCUACUGUUUCUCCCAAAGAUCAAUUAAAAUAUCUCUCUCAAUUAUUUAACUUCAGCGUGGAAUUUAAUGAUUUUCCAAAGGGAGCAGUGAAUAAAGAAUAUCUAUCACUUGUAACAUUAAGUACAGAUCCACCACAAGUUUGUCAUGGUAAUGGGCCAACGAGAACUGCGAGUCGUAAUGAAGCAGCAUUGAAAGCUUUAUGUACUUUAAGUAAGCUGGGUCUCGAUAAUGCAUCCAACUCACAAACAAAAAAAGAUAAAGUUGUUGAAUGAAGUAAUCGGAGGGAAAAUGAGUCUUCUCGAUCUAUCUCUCUGGGCCUUAUUACAUGGUAACUUCAAUAUUGAAUCACCGAUGACUCUCGAUCUUCAUACAUUACGCCAUUGCUUCUUUAACUUAACGGAUCGCGGAUUUUGAAGAUCAGUAGCUUUUUAUGAAGGAUCAAUCUUUUGCAGUGCCUUAAUCGCAACAAAAAUUGCUCAAGCACCAAUAAAUGAUAAAUGAUAAAUAACAAAGAAAUAUCUUUCUUUUUUUCUUUUUCUUUUCUACUUUUUUUCUUUUUCUUUUCUAUUUUUUUUAUAUUAUACAAUAAAAAUCGAUUGUUUGUAAUAAACUUUAAUGGAUAUCUAUAACAAUUAUAAGUAUGAUAAAGUGUAAACAUUAAUACAUAAAUAAAUAAUAUAAUUUAAAUCAUGUUUUCUACACUUAAAUAUGUAAUUGCAUCAUGAAAUAAUAAGUGUUAUUGGUGCUUGAUCAAGAUUGUGAUCCUAACAGUGGUUUAUUGAUUCUAUUAUAUUUAUUAUAACAAUUUCAUUGAUAGGACCACAAUCAAUAAACAUAAAAUGUUUAAACAUCAUGAAUAAAAUGGUCAUUUUCCAGAGAGAUGUGGUUUAUGAUCAUGAAAACAUUAUAGAAAUGUUAAGCGAAAAAUAUUGAAAUCUGAGAUGAAAUGCGGCCAUCUCCUAAUUUCUCUAUUUAAUCCUUGGCUUUCUCUUAUUCUUGCGAAUAAAAUGUCUGUUAUGUCUUAUUACCUAUUAUGAUCGCGUACAAAUCAAUGAAACAAUUUUAUGAGUCUUCAUUUAUAUAGAUCUAAAAAUAAUUUUGGUAGAUUCAUCUUAUUUCAUACAAAAAUCUUUUACCGUUUUGUUGAGCAAAGCGGGAUUCUUAAUAAUCAUUAAUUUUGAAAUUGUAUAUAACAAUCAAAAUAAGUGUAUUUUUUCGAUUAGAAAUUUUAAGGAUUUAUGUGUAUUAAGUGUCUCCAACUGAGAAAUCAGUUUUUUUAUGAUCAUAACAUUCACGCAAAUGAAAGAAAAUAUUUAGGAAUUUCUAUUGCUUUAUUAAAUCAAUAUUAUUAUUAUACUGGUUUACAAGAUUAAUUACAGAUAAGCAAUAAUAAAUGCAAAAGAUUUGACAAUUGGUUGGGGACUCUUUAAACGUAUUCGGAUAUUCUACAAGUUUCCGUUUUCAAAUUUGUAAAAUUAAAAAAAGGUAAUGUGAUAUAUUCAUAUUAUUGCCCCAAUUUGCUUUUCUAUGGGGCCUAGAAGCAUUCUGGGGUUAUUCGUGUUUUACAAGAUAUUGAGAAGUAGAGGACAUUCAAAUUUUCAUACAUCCAUUAUCUAAAACGUAAAUAAAUCUGGAUGUAUUGGAAAUUACAAAUAAGAUGGUAAUAAUUCAAAAUUUGCCUCGUUGAGUCAUAAUUAUUAAAAAAAUAUAUUUAACUUAAUCAUAACGAAAAAUGAUAAAACAACAUUAAGAAACAACGUUGUCAAAUUUUGUCUUAUUGCCAAAAGUUUAUAAUGAUAAACUAUUAAGUUGAUACAAAAAAUAUCCAAUAAUGAAUGAAGAUAAUGUCGAAUAAUAAACGUUCUAUCUAUAUAAGAACAAAGAAAAUAUAAUAUUAUAUUUCUCGCAUAAAGACUUAUCUUAUAUUCAUUAUUCUCAUCGUAUCAUUUUAUAGGGGUUUCUUAAAUAUUAAUGAAUCUUAAAAAAAAAAACAUACACAAGUAAUGUUUCAAUACGAUUAAUUUUUCACAAUAUGUAAUAUGCUCCGUAUGACGGAGAUAGAAAAAAAGGAUUGCUUCUAUCAUUUAUAAUACUUUUUUCUUUCAGAUAACCUUUCGUAAUGCGAAACCUUCCGAAUAAUUUAUAGGUCACUCGAGGACGAGUUAAUGAAUGUUCCUUUUUCUGAGAUAUCGCUUCAUAGGUGGGCCUUCCUUCUUCACGUGGGAUUCAGUGUUCCAAAUAAAAGAAACAAGGAAAACGAGUCAUGAUAAGAUUCUUUCACAUAAUUAUUUCGGUAAAAAAAAAAAAAAAAAAAAAAAAAAAAAAAAAAAAAAAAAAAAAAAAAA